UCUCAAACUGAGGCCCAGAUUGAUUCAUGGGCCAACCAGGCCCAAAAUGUACCAAGGAUGAAGCUACGGAGAGCAUAAACCCGAUCCAAUUGACUUUGAGCACUGAGGUGUAGAUUGAGAGAUCGUGGACGAUGGAGGAAGAGAGCGGAGGAGGGCCGAGGGUGGUGGCGAUUUCGCUGAUAGAGAAGGCGACGAACUCCACGGCGUCGGAGGUUGACCCGCGCCUUCUCAAAUCCAUCAAAUCGGUGGUACGAUCUUCCGAUUCGGAGCUCCGAAUCGCCGCCCAAACCUUAAUGGACCUCAUGAAGCGAGACCAUGCUCAGGUGCGGUACCUUUCACUUCUCAUAAUUGAUGAACUGUUCAUGCGAUCAAAGCUUUUCAGAACCCUCCUUGUUGUGAACUUGGAUCAAUUAUUGAGUUUAAGUGUCGGAUUUAGAAGAAAUCAACCACUCCCUGCUCCUGCUGCUGUUGCAUCUAUUUUGCGUUCAAAGGCAAUUGAAUUCUUAGAGAAGUGGAACACUUCAUUUGGGAUUCAUUACAGACAGCUCAGAUUAGGGUUUGACUACUUGAAAAACACUCUUAGAUUUCAAUUUCCUAAUCUACAAGCAAAUGCUGCCCGGAUUCAACAAGAGAGAAAGGAAAGGGAGAUGAGGUCAAAAGAGAUUUUACUGAAGAAGUUUGAAACACUGAAAGAAAAGUUUUCUUCUAUUAAAGAGGAAAUUCAGUUAACAAUGGAUGAGAUAAGGGAAUGUUUAGACAUUGUACGUCCUAAAGAUGAAAGUGUGCCGCUGGAUUUCAUAGAGGAUGAUGAAAUGGAAGAGUUCUGUAGUUCUGAAUUGCGGCAGAUCCGUCUUGAUUCAUUGAAAGAAGCAGAAAAAGUUCAUGAGAAUAGUGAUAAUAAAGUGGUUUUUGAUGCAUUGAGGGAGCUGUACAAGGUCCUAGUGACAAGGCAUUUGGUUUCAGCACAAGAAUGGAUCUCUGUUCUUAUAAGGGUUGAAGUGGCAGAUAACAGAUCCAGAGACUCGAUGCUGAAGGAGUUCAUUGAUAUCCGGAAUCAUAUCCAGUCAGUGAAGAAGAAAUGUGAAGAAUCAGGCUGUGUUCUUGCUAAUACUAUGAAUGAUGAGGAAGAGGAUUUUUGGGAGGAGGGUAAGAUAGAACUAUCUGAGAGUGAUAGUUUUACUGCAGCAAACAAGCAAAGUAAAGAUCUUGCCAAGGCAUCAACUUCCAGCAAAGCAAAAAGUGAAGCUCCUGAAUGUAGUAAUAAAGAGUCUAAUGGCAAUAAGAGGUCAGGUCGGGAAAGCAAUGAAAGUGAUUCAACCUCCCUGAGAAGUAAGCUUUUGGCUGAAGCUCCAUUAAUGAAUUGGGGCUCCUUCUUGGAUAACUGGGGUUCAAAGCAAGAUGUUUUGGCUAACCAGAGAGGAUUGGAGCUUGAAGGCCACUGGGGUAGGGUAGAUUAUGAUGCAGUUAUUCCAGCAGAAAAAAUUGCAGAGUUGAACAUUCAGACAACUGUUUACAAGGAAGAACGUGUCGAUAUCCAACCAUGCCGUGCUCCAUUGAGCAAAGGCGGGCUUUGUCAGAGACAAGAUUUGAGAGUUUGCCCUUUUCACGGGCCCAUAAUACCUCGAGAUGAUGAAGGAAAACCAAUCCAUGAGAACUCUUCAACAGAAGAGAUAACUCUUGAUUUAGGGUCUGAUUUAGUAGAGCAAUUAGCAAAGCAGGCUGUUAAGAAUGUUCGAGAUAGAGAUAAAGAAGAAACAAAGAAGAGAGAAUAUGAUAAACAAGCAUUGAAGCGUGCAAAGCUUGCAAAAGUCCGAGAACACAAUGAAGCAGUCUUACGAGAAGCUGCAAUGGCAUCAACUUCAAGAUCGGAGGCUUUUGGUGAGGAUUUGGGGGCUACCAAUAUGGAUAAACCCUUGGCCAGAAAUAAGAAGCAAACUCUAGCAUCCAUGUUGCGCAAGAAAAUAACAACAAAAGAUCGGUUAGGUCAAAAACUUUUGAACACCCGGGUAAGGGAUGAAACUAUGAGACAGCUAACGCUGGGUGAGGAUGCAAACUACAGAGAAGCCUUCCCAAAUCAGUGGUAGAACUCUUUUCCCUGUUGCACCAUAGGCUGGCUUUCUUGGAGGCAGGAAGUACAAUGGAUUCAUACGCCCAGUAAUGCUCAGGUGCAUUUCAGGUUUAUUUAUUCAAACUCUCAAACCUAGAGCAUGAACUUGUUGCUGUCUGCCUUCUGAUAAUCCAUUUGCUGAUUUAAUGCAAUCCGGGCUUGAAGAAUGGUGAAUGAUCCAAGGGGAGCCGUCCAGUCUAUAAUUUUGUAAGAUAUUUGUUUGUAUGUUACAUUUUUCUUUAAAUCUUUCUGAUAGAUUUUGUUUAUUGGAGAUGAAUAAAGAUUUAGAUUGAAAGUUCUCAAUAAUGACUAACGAAAUUCUUUGGUUCAGAAUUCA